UUAAAAAAAAUUUCGUUCGCUUUCGUUGUAAAUCGUGUUAUCUUGUUUAAUCAUUUUGCGUUAAACAUUCGCGAUAUCACGAAUCCGCCUUACAUAAAUAUAUAUCGGAAAACUGAAAAAGGUUUAAAUAAAAAAAUGAUAUCUCGAGAGUCGGAUGUCGUUCGUCUAUCAACGUUCACACUUGACCAAACAUUAUUUUAUGUCUACAAUGAAAUCUGAUAAUAAUUUCCUUUUGUAUUUUCCAUAGCCUUAUUCAUAUAAGAUACAGAAUGCGAUUGUAUUGUUGUAACGAGAAAAAAAUAAUACUUGGAAUAUAUCGUAUCGAUUAUCGUAGAAAUAUGUCGAUCUUAUCAUCAACGACAAGUAAAAAUCACCGAAAUAAUUUAAUACUUAGAUAACCGUACCAGAGAUUGUCGGACACGGCAAAGCGAACGGCGAUCGAUCGAAAAUAAAAUAUAAAAACUCAAUUAUUCGACUUGUUAAGAUGACGGUAAUCGGAGUAUGAGGGAUCCAAAUAUAUUUAGAUACGCGUACAUUCAUGCAUAUAUCGCAAUAACCCUUAUGCGCUCUAUGAGAAAUGAUGUGAAAAAUGGAUUAUUUACAAUUUGAAUAGAAUUAAAUGUUACAUUAAUUACGUUAUCUGCUCGUUUAUGGAUAGAUAAGUAAGUUAUAGAUAAAUGAAAGUUUCAUCGCCGUAAACUCGUCUGUACUGUAUAGUCUCGUGCCGGUGAAAUCUUCUGUCGGAAAAACGAGUCGCGAUCGAGAAUGAUUUGAUAAAAAAGGUUCAACGUUAGAUAAAACUUAAAGCGAGGCCUAUGUUGUUAAGAAAUAAUUCGACCAAUUGAAAGAUUUAAAGUAUCGGUAGUAGGCACGAGGAGCGUUGCGCACAAUUUAACUGGCAUUAGUUCAAUUAACGCUUCUUACGUUAGUCUCGUGCCAGACGCGAUCGAUAGAAACGCUAACGUAAUUCGAUCCUCCGAUCCAAGCGUUCAUAAAAACCUACCAAAAUGGAUUACAUAUCUACGAAUCUUUUACUGUUACACGAUAUGAAAUCAUGGAAUAUCCGUAGUCUGUAUAAAGCCUUCAGUCGAAAGAAACGGAUAAAUAUUAGCGCAAAUACGGAAUUGGAAAGAUGUCUGUCGACGUUGGACCUUACAGCUCUGGGUAUUGGAUCCACUCUUGGUGUUGGAGUUUACAUUAUGGCAGGAUCAGUCUCAAAGGAUGUCGCAGGACCUGCCGUUGUAAUCUCCUUCCUAAUUGCCGCUGUGGCAUCGAUAUUUGCCGGUCUUUGCUAUGCUGAAUUCGGUGCGAGAGUGCCGCGAGCUGGUUCCGCUUAUGUUUACAGUUACGUGACAAUGGGCGAAUUCAUUGCCUUUUUAAUAGGUUGGACUCUAAUCUUAGAAUAUGUGAUCGGUUCCGCUAGCGUGGUACGUGGCCUUAGCACCUACGUCGAUGCUCUUUUCAACAAUAGCAUGAGAAAUGCUUUUGAAUCAGCCGCUCAUAUCGAAGUUGAACAUUUCUCCUCUUAUCCUGAUUUCUUCGCCUUCGGUAUCACCCUUAUGUUUUCCGCCGCCUUAGCGUUUGGCGCCAAAGAGUCGUCCACUGCGAAUAACUUUUUCACCUUGGUGAAUCUCUCCGUUGUCCUCUUCGUGAUAAUUGCUGGUUCCUUCAAAGCUGACGUAAACAAUUGGAAAACUCGACCCUCUUGUACCGAAACAAAUUGUAAACACGGAACAGGAGGAUUCGCGCCGUAUGGCAUAUCGGGUAUAAUAACUGGUGCAGCAACUUGCUUUUAUGGCUUUAUCGGUUUCGACUGCGUGGCCACUACGGGUGAAGAGGCUAAAGAUCCGCAAAGAUCUAUACCUAUAGCCAUUGUUGCUUCUUUAACCGUUGUCUUCCUCGCGUAUUUCGGCGUCUCAGCCGUACUCACUAUGGCGUUACCGUACUACGAACAAAAUCCCGAUGCACCCUUUCCACAUCUCUUCGAGGUGAUUGGUUGGGAUUGGGCAAAAUGGGUAGUGAGCAUCGGGGCGAUUUGCGGACUGUGUGCUAGUUUGUUAGGAGCAAUGUUUCCAUUGCCAAGAAUAAUUUAUGCAAUGGCAUCCGAUGGACUGAUAUUUAAAUGGAUGGGAAAGGUAAGUUCAAGAUUUCAUACACCCCUCAUGGGCACUUUCUCCGCAGGAAUUCUUACAGGAGUUUUAGCAGCGAUAUUCGAGCUUACUCAAUUGUUAAAUAUGAUGAGUAUAGGGACGCUGCUUGCCUAUUCAAUAGUUGCUGCCUGCGUUCUUAUAUUACGUUACGAAGAGAGCGAAGCAUAUGAGAAAAAAGGCGAUCGUGAUCCAAGGACCGUGACGUUUGUCAUCAAGCAACUCAUUAAUGUCAAUAGAUUAGACCACUCUACGAAAUUAACUGGACAACUGGUCACUUGCCUCGUUUUCUGUUACUUCGUGCUUUGCAUCUUUAUUACGGCGAUGAUUUCAAAAUUUUCCAAAGAAAUCGUUAGCGGCAAAGCUCUUUAUGUUGUGCCAAUAGUCAUAUUGGUCACUGCAUUAAUCUCUACUCUGAUCUUUAUUUAUCUUCAACCUUCGUCGGAUAAGAAACUUGCGUUUUCGGUACCUCUUGUCCCUUUUUUACCAGCAAUCAGUAUACUUAUCAACAUUUACCUUAUGAUGAUGUUGGACAUGAUGACUUGGAUACGUUUCUUGAUAUGGAUGAUUAUUGGUCUUGCGAUAUACUUUUUCUACGGUGUGUGGAACAGUAACAGUAGAGAUAAAAAGUUCAAAGUAGCGGAUAAUCAGUAAUGAGGUAGAAUGGAGAAAUAAUAAUUUUACAUGAUUCUAUCGGUGAAUAUGCCACCUACGUUUUAAUCGAUUGAUUAUUAGGUGCUCAUAAAAAUUUGUCCGAUUUUUAAAUGUAUUUAUUUAAUUAACAAUACAAAAGCCAUACAUGUAUUUCUUUUAAUCAAAA